CUGCCAAAACCACCACCAGACGACGAGGCACUGCCAAAACCAGAACCUCCAAAUCCAGUGCUGCUGCCGCUUGCUGCUGCUGUUCCAAAACCCGAAAAUCCCGAACCCGAGCCGAAAACUUUGGGUUUGUCUCCGUUCUUGUCGCCAUCGUCAUUAUUUGGCUUUAAGACUGUGCUAGCAAAAGGGUUGGCUGGCGGUUGUUGCUUAUUGUCGCUAGAUGUCGUCGUUGUCGUGUCUUCUCCUUCUUCUGAUUGCGGGCGCUUGGCCUUGAUAAUUCGUCGCUUGCGAAGGAUUUCUGGAUCGGCUUUGGCAAAUGAUCCGUCCGCCGCAGCUUCACCGUCGUCCUCUUUUUCCUCAUCGUCUUUCGUGAUUUGACGAUCCGCCGUACGCUUCUUCUUGGCAGGAGGCUGUUCGCUGGUCCCAUCUACAGCAGCCUUGGAGUCGCUGGUUGUCGUGUCCUCUGUUUCGGCCAUGUUGAUCGAGAUGGCCAAACAACACUCAACAAUCGAUCGUUCAAUGCUCAGAAAUGGAAGCGGCGUGACCGAACAGCAAUCUGCAGACAACUGUACACUACGAGGGAAGAUGCCACUACGAUGAAGGUGAUUGUUGAAUGGCAGCCUCUCGAUGCUCGCCUAUUACUUCACCGACACUUGCUUGUUCUUCUUGUGCCCGUGGAUCCGAUGAGGGUCAUGGUCGCUCUUGAAACCCCCAACCCUGUCGAUCAUCAAAACAAUAAAAUAAACAUAUUUCGACCCGUUUGCUCAGCAAAACGUUCGACGAAAAGCAGCGGGUUGCAACCAGGGCAAUAGCAGGGCCAAUGAGAAAGCCCUUUUGUCAUUGAAAGGCGACGGCUUGAGAGAGUGCACGAUAGACACGAGCACACAAUUCUUGGUUCUAAUGGUCUUCCCUGCGAAGCCUGGACAUUAUGAUACGUCCGGACGAGGCGAGCGCAGAGGCACCAAGCCAAAAUGGUAAUGGCACAACCAUACCCUUUACCGGUUCGAAUGGUGCUGAUAUAGAACAGGCCUGGAGAACCCAUGCGGCUCGUCUCAACAAUGUGGGGGGUUUACUCUUUCAGAAAGGAGGAGAUUUGCUGCUUCCAGCCAUGCAGUUUCUACAAGAAGGAGUCCAAGCCAUGAUGGCUCUGGAAAACCCAAAUGCAACAAUCACGGCGCCCCCCGCACAGGAACGAGCCGUUCAAGUUCAAGGUCAACUGGAAUUGCUGUUGCAAGAACGUCGGCGAAUGCAACAAGAAAUUAUCAAAGAGCAAGACCGAAAGCUUCCGGCUCGAAAGGGAGAAUCUUCUGAUGAGGACAAGAAACCAUCCGCCAAUAUUGCUGGGUCCUCCGAUACUACCUCCACCGAAACUGCACCGCAAGAAACACCGAGGUUAGAGCCAGAACGCAGCACCGCCGGAAACGAAAUCCCCCAAAAGACGCCCGACAAUCUGAAGAAAGCUGCUUCCACUCGACCUAACGGAACCGAAUUGACGACCCGGCAAUUGGAACCGGGCGCUUGCCAAUCAUCGCUGCAGAAUGGGAAAAAUGGCAAGCACUGUUGUAAGGAUAGAAAGCGGCCGGCAAUUGACAAAGCCGCUGAUGUGACCUCGGCUGACGAGCAUGUCAGUGAAAAUCCCUCCGCAAACAGUAGUAAUAGCCGCCCUGAAAUCGAAGAAGGCAGCAGCAGCUCACAGCUACAAAAACAAAACGUGGCCCAACACCACAGCGACAAUUCUAAAACUGAGCCUUCCAAGACUACAACCUCAGCUCGCAAUCCUGUCGCGGAGACCUCCGUGGCGAGGGCACCGUCUACUGAGAAAGAAACAAAAACAAUAGGUCGGGCUUCUCUGCCAUCUGCCAGCGAGUCACAGGAGGAAAUACGAAGACGAAAGAGAAUCAACAGCAUUUUGAGCCAAUUUGAUGCGGAAUCCACCGGGUCCGUGAAAGAUGCUUCUAGCGUACUCCUCGACAAUACACUCGACGAGGAAACAACCGUGCUCGAACACACCAACUUUUUGCUACAAGGAAUCCCUGGAUUGUUCCCCAUGACGUCCAAAAUGAGAGGAGCCGAAAAGAAAAACGAAAAUUCAAUACUGGUCUUUUCCGAACCGUUUUUGGUAGACGUUGAUGCCGCUGCGGAUGGCAAUGGAAAAAUUCGAGACAAGGUGCCACUUCGAGAGGGACCCGACGCAGGGGCUUUUUGCGUGCCGUUGGACCAAUGCUCGCGAGCAUGUCUAUUCAACAUGGGCCUUGUACACUAUCAGUGGAAUUCGGCGGAUUCAGCAAUUCAGUUCUUUGAACUGUCCCUGUCGUUGGCGCCGCAGCAACCGUCUCUUCUGACGUUUGACCCUCUGGCACUAGCAUGCAUCAACAAUGUUGGUCAGAUACUGUUACAACUGAAGGGAAAGAUGACAGAAGCCAAAGGGAUGUUCUCGGACGCACUCUCGAGGGGAAACUCGGCGCUAGUGGAGUUGUAUCGAAACGAGGGGGAAAACAGAAGUUUUCGACAAUCACCAGAGCUUGCCGAGGCUCACAAACUUACGAGCCGGCUGCUAAGGCGCUUUCUGGUUCGCUCUUUGAUGAACAUGGGUUUCGUAUUUGGGGUGUUGCACUUGCAAGUUGCAACGGCACUGCAUCGGAAAGGUUUCAUUUGUUAUGAGAUGGGAAACCUGUAUGACUCGACCAAACCAAUGCUUCAGGCACUCCGAAUCAGAAAACGACACUUUGGAAAUGUACAUCCCUUGGUGGCUGAUUCCCUUUGCUUGCUGGGCAAGAUAUACCUUGAUCGAGAGGAGUUUCGCUUUGCGCAGAAUGCACUUCUUCAGGCCCUGUCAGUCCUGAGGUCGCUGAAUGAAGAUGAUCACCUGUGCUUGGACAUUGCACAAACCCUGAUUGAUUUAGGCAGGGCAUGCCACUCCCAGGGACAGAUUGAUGAGUCGCUCAAGGCGUACCUAGAGGCCGUAUCGCUGACCAAAAAAAUGUUUGGGGAGCGGCAUGCCUACGUGGCUAGGAUGAAGAAUGUCGUGGGCAAUCUUUUCCUGGAGCAGGGUGAAGUGAAUCAGGCAGUGGAAUUCUUCGCGCGAUCUAUGCGAAUUCAGGUGGGAGAGGGUCGUCCCGUUGACUACAACAUUGUUCAGAAUCCACACGUCCGGGUGAAGUUCUCUCAUUGCCCUACUUCGGCGAGUGCUUGA